AUGGCCCCAAAGAAGAAGGAUGAGCCCGCACCUGUGGCUGCGCCCAAACCGCCACAACCUGAACGCCCUUCGACUCCUGCGUUCAACCCCUCAUCUAUCACGCUGGAAUUUACCCCCGAGCAAAUCGAAGACUUCAAAGAUGCCUUCCAGCUGUUUGACAGGACUCCCAACAGCGAGAUGAAAAUCACCUACGAGCAGUGUGGCGACCUAAUCCGAGCAUUGGGACAGAAUCCCACCAAUGCUGAGAUCAUGUACGUGCUUGGGAGGCCAAAAGCUGAAGACAUGCAAUCUAAAAUGCUGGAUUUUGAGCAGUUCCUGCCCAUUCACCAGCACAUUUGUAAGGCCAAAGACCAAGGCACCUUUGAGGACUUUGUGGAGGGCCUGCGAGUUUUUGACAAGGAGGGGAACGGCACAGUCAUGGGCGCGGAGCUGAGACACGUCCUGGCCACGCUGGGCGAAAGGAUGCGUGAAGAUGAGGUGGAGCAGCUGAUGCAGAACCAAGAGGAUGCAAACGGAUGCAUCAAUUAUGAAGCUUUUGUUAAAUACCUUAUGGCUUCUUGA